UCCAAAGACGUCAGAUAUUUUUGGCUUUAAGUAAUUUAGUAGAGCUUUGACUAAAUUCAGGCACACUGCUAUCCUUAUACACUCAGUCCUAAUUGUCACAGUUUACCUUUUUUCUUUUUUCUUUUGGUAAACUGUAUUUUUCAGGGCUCUUCAUGUCGCUUAAAAGCCCAAUCACAUAUCUCCGCGUACAUGUGCUCGGUGCAGGCGCAGUUGGCCUUUUAUUUGGCGCACACCUUCGGCAGUCCGGUCACUCAAUCACACUAGUACUUCGGUCGCAGGCGUCCGUCGACCGGUUUUCUCGGAGCGGCAGCUGCAUCGGUGUCGUCAACGACUGGGUCAGGACUCAGCCUUCGCGAAAGCUUUUGUUUCCAGGCGAAAGCAGCAGCAGCGGGCUGGCGCCAUGGCUAGCAAAUGGCGUUGAUGCUGAAACACCAGAACCAAACUGCUCCGCUGCGGAGGUUGCAAAAGAUAGCCGAGAAAGUGGCAAGAUUGGACAGCUCAUCUUGGCGACAAAGGCGCAGGACACGCUGCAGGCAUACCGGUCGGUGAAGGACCGUCUCAGCUCACAAUCGACUGUUGUCCUGUUGCAGAACGGCAUGGGCACGUACGAGGCCAUCCAGCGCGAGUUUUACACAUCGCCGCAGCAGCGUCAGAAGGAGCUGCUGGUAUCGGAGGUCCCGUCAUUUAUAAUUGGAACCAACUCGCAUGGGUGCUUGCGCAACCCUGUUAAAGGUGAGGAGUUUGUCACACAUUAUACUGCUAUAGGCAGCUGCAGCUUUGCCGUUCGCCCAUCGCUAUUGAACCCGCCACCGGUGCUGCCACAGUCGACGCUGGAUAUGCUGACUGCAUUGGGCGGCCUGAGUCUCAACACCAGCAUCACCAGCUGGUCCGAUCUGCAUCUCCAGCUGAUGCUCAAGCUUGCAGCCAACGCGACAAUCAACCCCGUCACCGCUCUGACCGACUGUCGCAACGGGUAUUUGGCCCCGCCCCCGCCAGAUGAAUCCGCGCAAUGCGUUGAUCAGGGGUACUACGAGUCGAUGCGCAACUACUUGUCCUCGGCGUGUGUUGAAAUUGCCGCCAUAUACGCGCGCGCUCAGCCCCAUUUGCACGAAAAGCUAUCAGCGCAUGUCAUCGAGGAGUAUGUGACAGAUAUUGCGCGCAUGACGGCCAAGAAUCGCUCGUCGAUGCUUCAGGACGUGGCUGCUCAGCGGCAGACAGAGGUUGAGUGGAUCAACGGGUACUUGGUCCGACUCGGCAAACAGCAUGGCGUUCCGACACCCGUAAACACACUGCUCUACACUCUGGUCAAGCUCAAAGAGGCAGCUAACUACCACACUUGCGAAUAAACUCGACACUAUUUCUUUUUGUGGUGGUUCUUGAGCAAACAUACAAACAACAAACAUAAACAAUUGUCCACUUGUUUUAAUAUAGAAUAUAAUACUAAAAAUACAUAAAAAC